AUGGGCGGCUUCAAGGAUAGACUUGAGGGCCAGAAGAUCGUAGUAGUUGGAGGAAGCACAGGGAUCGGCUUCGGCGCUGCGGCGGCUCUCCUUGAUUUUGGUGCCAGAGUAACCAUCAUUUCAUCUUCUCCGGCAAACAUUGAGGCCGCACUGCAAAGACUGGCGUCUCCAAAUGCCAAGGGAGUCAUCGCCGACGUCCGUGACGAGGCAACCUUCACAGAAACGCUUCAGUCACUAGCACCUAUCGACCACAUUGUUUUCUCCGCUGUUGAUAACAUAAUUCGGGGCAAACUAGAGGAACAGGACCUCGAUGACGCCAAACACCUCUUCGGAGUGAAAUUCUGGGGGGCGGUGACUACAGGAAAAGUCCUCCUGAAGCACAGCAUUGUACGAGAGGGAGGUUCAUUGACUCUCACAUCCGGGACUGCUGGCAUCAAGCCUGGAAAACACGCCGCAAUUGGUGGAGCCUUGAACGGAGGGGUGCUCGCUCUCACCAAAGGUCUUGCAGCGGACCUUGCGGAGAAGAAGAUCCGCGUCAACACAGUAGUCCCAGGCUUGGUUAAAACGCCUCUAUGGGACAAACAAGGGAAAACGCCCGAAGAACAGGAGGAACUCUUCAACAAAGCUAGCCAGAAUCUGCCGGUUGGGUUUGUCGCGACUCCUGAACAUAUCGCUGAGGCGUACCUCUACGCCAUCCGAGCAGAUUACUCCACUGGAAAGUUGAUCGAGAUUGAUGGGGGUGUUCUCUUAUAA